AUGGAAGCGCGGGUACAGUCGUCGCAGGAUUACGAGGGCAUUGAUUGCGACUGUGCUCUUCCUGGCCUGCCUUCGGACACUCACUCUCGACUCUGUACAGGCCAUCUCGCUAACGCACAUAAGCCCUGGCUUCCCACGUCUUCCAACUUCGAGAAUUUCGAGACGGACGUCCAAAACGACAACGUCCUUCAAACUCUACCCAUCACCGGCUUUCUGAACGACGGCAAGGCAGGCAAGCGGACGUGCGACGAGUUGAGAUACGAUGGCGAACUCCAAGUUGAACGCAGUUUCUACCUUGAAGAUGAUCUUGUUGAGUUGGCAACGUCGUUAAAAGGCCACCCCAUGAUUGAUUAUUCGGGACAAGACCAGAGGUUGACGUUCGAAGAGAUGGUGGAUAAGACAUGGGCGAGGCUUUCCGGAUCCAGCGUUUGGCUCGAGAACUACGAAGUGUUUUUGAGUGUCACCAGAGUUAUUUUCUAUGACAAAGGCGUGAAGCACUGGCCAGCCAUCAGCUUCAUCAGGGGCCAGCUCUAUAACGAGGAUUGGAAUGAAUUGAAGAAUCACACGAUCCAGUGGCAUGGCAACGAUAUCACGUUCCCGACCGUGUUCAAUGUGCCCGCACCCUACGAGGUCGGCGGAGGCUUCUACGGACCGGAAGACCCCAGAAUCAUCAUUGAACCGGACGUCGAAGAUGCAGAGCCUAUCGUGGUCUUCAAUAUGCUCAACGACCUCAAAACUAUGACGCGCGCGAUGCACAUGUACCGACCAUUUUCCAACGUCACCACCAUCUUGAGUAUCAACGGACAGAAAGAAAGAGCACAGUCGGAGAAGAAUUGGGCACCCUUCUUCCACAACGAGCACGAAACGCCCGCUUCGGGUCAGAAGAAGUGGCCGAGCCAAUAUAUCCACUUUAUCCACAGUUUCGGCCCAUUGACUAUCCUCAAAUGCCACGUCGGCAAUGGUUGGUGCGAUCUCGUCUACGAACAAAAAGUCGCAGAAGGGUUGGCGGGCGCCCAUGAUGACACCCAUGGACGCAUCAGCGGCGGAACGAAUCUUGUUCCGUUGCAACUAAAAUCAAGCACUGGAGCACAUGCAUAUGUCGGAUUCCCCAGGUCGCACAUCGACGUGGGCUGCAAGUCGGUGUCGAUGUACCGACCGGAACUGCUGGUCCUCACCGCCUACGGUGACGACUUUUACCUCAAUUUCUUGUCCGACUCGGUUGAUUUUGGGGACGCCGCCCUUCCACCCGAGGGUCUUUCUGACCCUUGUGGCGAAGGGCAUAUACUGAUUACCAACAGUAUCGCCAAAUGGGACCAAUCAUCCCGCAAGGAUGAGAUGACGAUCUCAUUUUCGGUGGCAGAUUCGACCGUGCAGAUUCUGCGGUUGCACGGCGUCUAUAAGCUACUUCAGAACCUGCCGUAUCUUGGCGCCACUCUUCAAAGGGACUUGUCUCAGGAUGGUGAAGUGAUUUGGGAUUUGCGAUGGUCUGCUGUAGGCAAGGAUGUCAUUGCCUGCGCAGUCGAAGCUGCCCAGAACUAUUCGAUCGCUAUUGGUACUCCUUUCAAGGGAUUGGCAAGAGGCGAGGAGCCCGAGCCCGAGCCCGAGCCCGAACCCGAAGAUGAGAAGCCAAAUGAAGAGGAGAAGUCAAAGGACGAUGUUGAAAACAAGGAAUCAGAUGAAGAUGAGAUGGUAGUGAUGGAAGGCCCGUGGGAUUAG